AUGCGUCCAUGCUGGGCAUGGCACUGGUGUUUCUCGGGCCCCAUCUGGCUGUGGCUGUGGCCAGUUUGGGCCAUGAGGCCGCAAAUUGAUGGCAGUCUCCAUCCGGACGGCCCGCCCUCCUCUGCAAACAGUACUGGGUGUGACAAGACGCUCUUCUUCGCGGCGGUGGGGCCGGAAUUUAGGGACACGAUGAGAAAGAAUGCCCUUCACCUGCAUGCAACAGGUGUAGUUGACAUCUUCUUCGCCCACUACCGACAAGACUUAGCAAAUUGGCAAAAGGAGUCCUGGUACCAGGAGACGGUGAAGUACAGCGUGUCGUAUAAGGAGAUGAAAGCUGACUUCGUACUGAAGGAGCUUGUGAAGCAAGAGACCUUCAGACUGAGGGGCUAUUGUUGGUAUUGGAUCGCAGAUGAUAAUGUCGACUUCACCUCCUUGGAUGUGAAGCGAUACUUGGCUCUGGCGGCCGAGACGGGAGCCAGUCUGGUGCAGCCCGCCGUGGAAUUCGACAGCCACGGCAUCCCGUCACACCAAAUUGUGACGGCCUACUCUGCAGACGUGGAGUUACCAGACCAUUCCAUCAGUCGAAGCCUCUAUCGGUAUUCGGACUUUGUGGAGGUGAUGUCUCCGCUCUUCCGGGAAGACGCUCUGAUAGCCGCCUGGAAGCUCUACCUCCCAGGCCUGGGCAGCGACUUCGGCAUGGACUUCCUUUGGUGCCGCUUUGUGGCCGCCCAGCUCCGGGCUCGCGUGGACCGAGUGUGUGCCAUCAUCGAUGCAGAGCACAUGUACAAACUUCCACACCUGGAAAGCUACAAUUUCGAGGAUGGGCUGGCCGUCCAAGAGGUUCUCUUGAAUGAAUUUGCGGAAUACACACAGAGGAGCAUGGAGACUUCUGGUCAGCUACGAGAUGAUCUAGAACAGCUGUGCCGGACGGCCAAAGACACACAGCUGGUGCGUGUUCGUGUGAAGCCCUACCUGGCCCAGGCCUCCUGGAAGAUGUGGAAGGCCCUCUUUCGCUGCAAGCAGUAUAACUUGGAAGCCGUGUGUCACAUUGAUGGGACUCUCAUCAACGGAGUCUUUUGGCGAGUUCUGGCUGCCGGACUCGUGUUGUGCAUCCCGCUGCUCCUUUGGACCCCGGUUUCCACACCAAUCCCCGUUUCCGAAGCGAAUGGAGACGGCGACGAGAUGGAGACGGCGUCGAGAUGGAGACGACGACCGCGCGACGAUAUCCCGCGCGCGAGACAUGUUGCUCGUCUCCUGGCCGCAGCGCAGCGUCCUUCAGCCUCGCUCCCUUCGCCAGGUAUGUGCUGCAGCAACUCCGGUCGGCGCUGCAGGUGGUGCGACGCCCCGAGACGUUCAAGAGGCCGCUGCGCGCUCCGUAUCGCCAUCAGAUCUCAGAUGCCAGCUGAAAGGGAGGGGGAAGCCACGGGACAUCUGUCCCGUGACCCUUUGAGUGGCUUUGUCGAACGGUGCGUCGUCUCAACCCACCGCCGGGAACAGCGAGGAAAGGCUGGCGGCUGGCGGUGUCGACAUGCCACGGCUGGGGCUUCGCAUGGUGGAUGGGGGGUGAAAUGGAUCCUCAGUUGGAAAUGA